UCACACGAAAAACUGUCCAUACCAGUUUGAUCAAUAUUCUUGACGGAAACGGUAGAAGAAAUUUCUCAUUGAACGAGUCUUUAUAUCCGGUUUAUCAACUUCGAUUCAGAUUUGGAUAGCUUCGUUAGAAAGCAUAUGUCGAUUAUAGGAAUAUCUCAAGACGAAUGUAAAUAAUUGGAGAAAUUUGUAGGGAGUGGCAAGAUAUCAUAAUCUUUCACUAUUGUAUUUGCAUUCCGUGUACAUCUUUCGUAAGUGUAGAUUAUUAAAACUUUAUAUCUUUCAUAAUAACAAAAAUAUAUACGAGAGAAAAAAAGAAUCUAACUUUUAGACGAUUUUUUAUAAUUUCGAUUUUUAAAAUCGUAACGGAUCGAACAUCGAUACUCGAACAACGAUCGAACGUUAUUCGAAUCAAGCUUAUAAAAAAAUAUGAUCGAAACGAGUGAAAACGAUCGAACGAUGAGAAGACAAAAGAUGAGAACGGUGUAACAAAAAAAAAAAAGAAGAAGAAAAAGAAAGCAGCAAACGAUAUAACGUCGAAACGAUAUGACGUAAAUUCGAUCAUUUCGUUUUGUAGAAUGUUGAGUAUUCAUCGAAGAAGAUAUGGUAACUUAUAUUAAAAGAGAAUAGACAGUUUUAACACAGUCGUAUUUUUAAGCAAACGUCUUGUUCCCAUGCGCGUGUCGUGCAAUGGAUCUUGGAUUGCACCCGAGUUAAAGUGGUCUUAGGACGAGGACGAGCCGAGGAAGAGAGGACAAGAAAAAUGCGAGUGAACGUUCGCGGUAUAUAUAAAGGAGAAGAAUCGCGCCGUUGGAUGCUGCAACCGUCUGCGCUCGCAAAGAGACAUCGUUGAAAUCGUUGAAUCCGCCGGUGAAAUAUCUAUCUCGAGUCAUCGAAAAAAAACAAACACAACGAAUUUCUUCAUUAGCGUUUAUUUCUCGAAUCCUUUUUCCUCUUUUUCUAUUCUUUUUUUUUUUUUUUUUUUUAAUUCGCCAACUCAACGACCAGAUUUGUCAACGACAAAAGUUCGACGACGAUGUUUCUUAAGGUAAUCAAAUUUCGAAACGGUAUCGAUGAUUCUUUUCUUUCUUUCUUUUUUUUUCUUUUGUUUCUUACGUUCUUUUUCAAAUCGACACUAGUUCCCUCUGUCGAUCUUUUUACCGCGUGCAAUUCAUCGUUUCGAAAUCACCGUGCGAACGUACGCUUCAUUCUAUGGAAAACUAUACUCCUUUUAUGUUGCCUGUUGCAGUUUAAUCAUGCAGACGUUUAUUCAGAGUAUAAUCCAGAAAAUUUCGAAAGUAGACGAAAUUUUUAUCCGUGUUCACCGGUCGGUUCGUUGCCACUCGAUGCUAUUCCACCAGCCAUCGCGUGCGCUUUUAAAUCUACAAGCACUGCGAAAAGAGGUUCAAACGUUCCUUCUUCUCGUGCUCCACCACCAUCACCUACAUAUGUCAAGGUAUCCUCACCGAUAUCUUACAAACCAUUACCAAGGACAUCUUCUUUGGUAUACGUCGCACCACCCAUCGUAAAAUCAGCAUCCGCUGUUGUUGCUACCGAUCGAAAAUCUGUUGAAAAGGACGUCGAUUACAUGUCUUAUCCAAAGUAUUCGUUUAAUUAUGGUGUUAUCGAUGGAUACACCGGUGACUCUAAAUCUGCGUGGGAAGAAAGAGACGGAGAUACUGUGAAGGGAGAAUACUCAGUGGUCGAGGCCGAUGGAACGAUUCGAACCGUUUCGUAUACGGCUGAUGAUCACAAUGGUUUUAACGCUGUUGUCACGAGAAGCGAGCCUCCAAAGAAAGAGAAAUCUUCGGAGAAUGUUAAAGCAUUUAUACCAGCAUCUCUUUUACAUGGAGAUAUUAAAAAAUUGCGACAUUGAUCUUUUAUGGCAUAUAAAAGGAUCGACGAGCGUAACGAUAGUUCCUUGAAAGUAAUAAGAAGAAAAUGAAUUAACGACUAUGAGGCUUUUUCAAAUUUGUACUUAUUAAGGACGCCGAAGCUUAAUGCAGACUGUGCUUUAACGAUUCUAAGGUACAUAGUGUAUGUAUAUGUAUAUAUAUGCAUUAUAUGUGUAUAUGUAUGUGUGUGUAUAUAUAUAUAAUGCAUAUUAUUUUUAUAUAUAUUUAUAAGAGAUACUUAAUCAUCUAUUGUAAAGUUAGUUUAUAUCCAAUAUUUUAUUAUUAUAUAAACGAUAAAUCUGCAUAGAUAGAAAAUCUACUAUACAGAAGGAUCGAGGAUCUUAAUUAAAAAAAAAAAAGCACGAUGUAAGAAAUAAGAAGAAUAUUUAAUAUAAAAAUAAUAAAAUAAAAUAUUCACACAUAAUACUUGCUAACAGUUGGACGAAUUGAGAUGUAUCGUUAAUGUAUAUAGAUUUGUUUACUAUAUUCGAACAGAGGUAAUAUGAGUCACAUUCAGACGAAAUUUAUUAUUAUUUUUUUCUAAGGUACUUUACUUGCGCAUUAACUUCUCUCUUAGUUUUACUACUGCGUUCUUUUUUAUGAAAGAAAUGUCUAUAACCAAUAUAAAUACUUAAAAAUAUGUAACAGUGGCGAUGAUUGCAAUUACAAGAAUGUCGAAGUGACAUAGUUCUCUCAUGAUUUUUUUUUUUUUUCCUUUUAUUUUUAUAUUAAACGCAAGUCGUACGCUAAAAUUAGUUUCUUUCUCACAUCAAAUAUAUAAAU